AUGUCUGCCUCUGUCGAUCCUGGCUCGAAGCCACCUUUGGCACGCACUCCGCUCCGAGUAGUGUCCGUUCAAAUAGAGGCUCAAUUUCGCAAUGUGCAGCGAAAUGCGGAAAAGGUGAAUCAGUUGCUGGAAGAGAAGCUCGCUGCUGGAACGGAUGCAGAGCACGAAACGGGAUCAGAGGUGGAUCUCAUCGUCUUGUCGGAAAUGGUCUUGACGGGGUACAUGUUUAGGGAUCGAGCAGAGGUGGAGGGAUACACGGAGUGGCCUUGGCAAAGUACCGUGGCGCCUGCCGAGGAAGCGGUGAAGGAAGCAUCAUCCAGCACGACUGCGACUCCGACCCCGACUUUGGAUGUGUGCCGCAGCUUGGCCAAGCACUAUUCGUGCUACGUGAUAGCCGGCGUGCCCGUCCGAGCCCCGCUCACACUUCCUACUGCGAGCCAUCCACAUUCGAUCUCGAAAUCGUUCGAUGCGAGACCGUCGCCUGACGACCGAAAAGCGUCCGGACUGCCUCCUCCGCAGUCGGAGAAGGAACAAGGCUGGUACAAUGCAGCCCUUUUGGUCGACCCGAAAGGAGAGCUGGUGCAUUUGUUCAGAAAACACUUUUUGUACGAAGCCGAAGAAGGUUGGGCUUGCGAAGGUCAGUCGAAAAGUCGACUUUGCGCUGCUCCCUCCUCGUCAACUUGCUCACUCUAUACUAACCUGCUCGCUUGCUGCUUCGCUCAAAUCAGGCCCAGGCUUUACCUCCAUCACCUUGCCUCAUCCCCGAGAUCCGUGCACCUCUUUCAAAUUGGGCUGCGGAAUCUGUAUGGAUCUGAGUCCUCAUACGUUCAGCGCUCCGUUUGACAAGUAUGAAUUUUCCAGUUGGGCCGCCAAGGAAGAGUGCGAUGUGGUUGCGUGUCCCAUGGCCUGGCUCGCCAUGGAGCAGAAGCAGCCUCUCGAAGAAAGACGGAGCCCAGAAGCAAGCAAAACUGCCGAGGUGGGGUCGGACAACUCACAAGAAGAUUCGGACGAGGAAGAAAGGGAGCCGCUGCAACCUGAUCAAGCAGAUCCUAGAAUGCUCAACUACUGGGCACUACGACUUAUGCCUCUUGUUCGCCAAGUCGGCAAAACAACCACAGUCGUCCUGUGCAAUCGAAUCGGGUAUGAGCGCGGUGAGUGGCUAAAUGAGCCUCGUUUAGCUUUGUGCAAUCGCCAACGCAUCCACGCGCAAUGUUGCUCCUCGCUAUGCUCAUUGAGUUUUGCCUCACACAACUUGCGCCCACUACCGAUGCCAGGCACAACCUUUGGUGGUUCGUCUUGUGUUUUGAAACUCGGUUCCAACAAAGCAAUGCUGCUCGCUGCCGCAGGGUCGGGCACAGAAGAAGUAAUAGGAGCAGAAGCCUCUCUCUGA